AUGUCCACCGUCAACUCAACUCAGCCAUCCAAGACUGACGCCUCUCAACCUACUCAAAACACCACCCAAGCCUCGGCGACUAUAACCCCUCACACAACAAAUCACGAAACACCAGCUAGAGGACGUGGGAGUCGCGGCGGCAGGGGUGGAGGCGCCCAAGGUCGAGCCCGUGGUGGCCGGGCAGUACAACGUGGAGGCCGCUAUGACCUCUGGCGGAAUUCCACUGUCAGCAAAUGGGAGGUGUGUGAGCUGAUCAAUCAAUACUUGAUUGACAACGGUGGUGAAAGUUGUUUGUGGCGUGGCAUUGAACAACAGGUUACUACCCUUGAGAAAAAAUUCCUUAGCGUAGCUGGCCCACCGUUGCUGGCGUGGCGAGACCAAACUGGCCAAGGGAUCUUGGAUGAGGCCGAUGAGCUGGCACAACAAGCUGGCGGCAACUCCGAAGAUGAGGAUUUUGUCGGUAAUGCGAUUACCGAGACCGAAAAAAAGAUUCGAGCAAUUUGUCGUUACUUCUACGAGCUUGAACCGGAUAUGCUCGAUCGACCCUCUGCUGUCCCCUUGAACACACAUGAACAAGGGGAUGAUGAUGACCUGACUUGUGCUCUCAACCUCGAUCGGAACAAGGACCGUCCCACUACCCCUGAGCAUUGGAGCGCGUCCAAACGAGGUGGACCCGCAUCACCGGUUAACACCCUAGGACUGCCGUCUCCUGACGUCAUCCAGUCCUUACCUGCCACGGCCAGAUCUACGGCGCAAACUCCUGUGGGAACUGGCACACCAGCGGUGGCACCGUUGUAA